UUUGACCGAGCGGAAGUGAAUCCUCUGUUUAUUCUCUGCAGGCUGUGCGUGUUUUUCUCUGAGAGCCGCUUCGUGAUAUUUUGCAGAUUGUAUUAAACAGGAUGGGACGCAGAAAGUCCAAGAGAAAACCUCCCCCCAAGAAAAAGAUGACUGGAAACCUGGACACCCAGUUUACCUGCCCCUUCUGUAACCACGAGAAAUCAUGUGACGUUAAAAUGGAACGGAGUCGAAAUACCGGGAUAAUAUCAUGUACUGUGUGUCUAGAAGAAUUCCAGACACCAAUAACCUAUCUCUCAGAGCCGGUGGACGUGUACAGCGAUUGGAUCGAUGCUUGUGAAGCAGCCAAUCAGUAGUUUUACUGGGUCAAAAUGUCACAAAUGACCAAAUACACUUAAGAUUUUUGUUUGUGUUUGUUAUUUGUAAACUCCCAUGAAUCACUGUCCCAUCUUGUAUGGAAGCUUAAAGGGGUAGUUCACCCAAAAAUGAAAAUUAACUCUCUCUUUACUGCCUGACAAAUGAUUCUUAACCUUUAAGUGUUUCAUUCUUUUGUUGAAAUGAAAAUAAGAUAUUUAGAAAUAUGUUGGAAACCUGUAACCAUUGACUUCCAUAAACUCUCAGAAAUAAAGGUACCUAGCUGUCACUGGGAUGGUACCUUUUUUAAAAUGCACAAAUGUUUACCUAAAUGGUCCAUAUUAAUACCUCAAAGGUGCAUAUUAGUUCCUAAAUAGUACAAAAGUGUUCCUCUUAAAAUUUUUAGGUACUAAUAUAUACUUUUGAGGCACCAAUAUAGACCCUUUAAGUACAAAUGUGUACCUUUUGAAAAGGUACCACCCCAGUGACAGCCAUACCUGUCCAUAUAAAGGGUCCAUAUUGAUACCUGUAUUUCUGAGAGUGUAGUAGGGAAAACAUACUAUGGAAGUCAAUGGUUACAGGUUAACAUUAUUCAAAGUAUCUUCUUUUGUGUUUAACAGAAAAAAGAAACUCAUAAAUGUUUGAAACAAGUAAAAGGGUGAGUUAACGACUGAAUUUAAAUUUUUUGGUGAACUGUCCCUUUAAGAGAUGAUCUAAUAAUGCUAAAGAUGGAGAUUCACACAACAUUAAGUAGAUUUAUGAUGAAGUCUUUUACCUUUUGUUUAGUGUUACAGAAAUGCUGAGAAAAUGCAAAGGAUGUUAUUUUUUUUCAAAAUAGAUCAUUUUCCUGUUUGUAAUCUUUUAGUUUGUCAUGUUUAUUUUACAAUUUAAGGUUUUUAUGAGACCAUUUAAUGUCAAUAAACAAUUUGCGCAUUUUCUCUUGUGAAAAA